AUGUACGACGCCGAUAUGAUGACAAUCCGUUUCGAUACUCACAUCCCAGACAGUUGGAUCCUGCUCUCGCUCGCAACUACCAUAGCCUCAUUCCUUCUCUUCCGAGCGCUACGCAAAUCCAAGACCAAAUAUCACUACCCGCCAGGUCCGAAAGGCAUCCCAGUAUUCGGCAAUAUCUUACAACUCCCACCGAGAUAUCCUGGAGAGAAACUGCUUGAAUGGGGAAAGCAAUAUGGAGACAUGUUCACGCUGCAACUCGGCGCCCGCAAAUGGGUGUUCGUCAACAGCUACAGCACUGCACGGGAGCUGCUGGACCGGCGUGCAAAACUAUAUAGCGACCGGCCCGAGUUCCCCGUGACGCAGGAUAUCCUCUCAGGAGGGAAUCGUAUCGUCAUGAUGGGGAACACGCCGCUCUGGCGCAAUCUUCGCAAGAUCAUGCAUUCGCUUUUGAUGGCGAGUAAUUCAGACACAUAUGCACCGUUUCAAGACGUUGAGUCCCGGACAUUGCUCUGGCAAUAUCUGCAGCGCCCCGAGGAGUUCUACAAGCAUGGAGCGAGAUUCGCAAAUUCCGCCAUCUCCGACCCCAUUUUCUCGUCCAUCAGGAGAGGUAGUAGAACUAAAGACCCAUCGCGCCCCAACAAAAACAGUGUCUUCGGGCGCCGCACAAGCAUGGACGACCCGAAAGUCCAACUCCUAUUCUCGACGAUCGACGACUUCAUGGAAACCCAAGCGUCGCCAUCGACGAGCAUGAUCGAGCAAUUUCCGGGCCUCGUCAAACUCCUCCCACGGGCACUGCAAUGGUAUCGCCCGAAAGCCGAGCGGGUAUUUCGCAAGACGAUUGGUGUAUACGCGUCGUUCUUCGAGGAGCUCGAGCAGCGCAUCAAGCAGGGCGAAGACCCGAAAUGCUUUGCGCGAGAUAUGAGCGUCAUGGCCGACAAGCAUGGCUUCAAUGCGGCACAGAAGUAUUUCUGCGCGGGAUCGAUCAUCGAAGCCGGUAGCGACACGACACGCAACCAGAUCAACGUGAUGCUGGCCGCGGCCGCCAAGUACCCGGGUUGGGUGCGAACCGCACAAGCCCAGCUCGACGCCGUGUGUGGUGAGGCAGCACACCUGCCGAGCUUCGACGACUGGCACGCCCUGCCCUACAUGCACGCGACGAUCAAAGAAUCGCUGCGGUGGCGGCCCAACAUGACGGCAUCGGGGACGCCGCGCGCGCUGAGCGCCGACGACAGCUUCGGCGGGUACACGUUCGAGGCUGGCACGGUCUUCAGCUACAACCACUACGGGCUGAGCCACGACGGGAAGCAGUUUCCGGACCAGCACGACGCGUUCCGCCCCGAGCGCUUCCUGGACGACGACCUGUAUGAUCCGCUGAAGGGCCAUCUCGGGUUCGGCGUCGGCCGCCGGAUCUGUCCCGGCUCACACCUGGCCGUGCGCAACAUGUUCCUCUCGUUCGCGCGCCUGCUGUACUGCUUCGACUUCGAAGAGAUCCCGGGCCGCGAGAUCAAUGUCUUGGAGAUCGACCCGUUGGCGCACGACCAUACCCCGUUCCAGAUCCGAAUCGUGCCGCGGAGUGAGAGGCACGUCGCGCUCAUUGAGCGAGAGUGUGGGCUUGUUGGCCGGGAGAUCUGA